AUGCCUUCGCCAUCAGAUGAGAUCAUAAUCGUUAAUUCUCUUAAAAGUACUCUUGGUCAAAUCAAUUUCUAUUUUGGUUUGUUCAUUUUUGUGUUUGGGAUUUUUGGAAAUAUGUUAAACAUUCUCAUUUUAUCUCGAAAAUCUCUUCGUUACAAUCCAUGUAUUAUCAUUUUUAUUGCAUCAUCUACAACUGGUAUCAUUGCUAUUCUCUCCGGUCUAACUUCACGUGUUCUCUCCGGGGUUACUGUUGAUCUAUCUGCAACUGUCAAUUGGAUUUGUAAAUUUCGUGGUUUUCUUCUAUUCACUUCUCGUGCAGCAACGUUUUGGUUAAUUAUGUUAGCCACAAUCGAUCGAUGGCUCCUGUCAUCGACCAAUGCUAAUCGUAGACACAAGAGUUCGAAGAAAAACUCCUUCCGAGGCAUAUUGGCUAUAACAUUCAUAUCGAUUCUACUUCAUGCUCAACUAUUCUAUUGUUAUGAAGCUAACCUGACCAAUACACCAUUGAAAUGUUUCUCAAGAAAUGUCCCGUGUCGUUUAGUAAACGAUUUAACGUUUGCAAUUAUUGCUAUUCUUUGUCCGUUAGCAUUGAUAUUAGUUUUUGGUUGGUUGACUAUAUUAAAUACACACAAAAUUCUCUCACGUGUCGGACCUCUGACUAUAACGGUCAAUGCAAGAAAGAGUCAAGUCAUCCGAAAUAAAAAACGAUCAAGGAAAACCGAUCAAGAUUUGUUAACAAUGCUUUUCGUUCAGGUUAUUUUUCUCGCCAUAUUCACACUUCCACUUGCUGUUCAAAAACUUUAUGCGACGUUGACAAAAAAUGUACCAAAGUCAUUCUUACAAAUAACAAUUGAAGACUUUAUUUAUCAAAUUGCUUUAAUUUGUACGUAUUUUGCGACGGCAAUGCCCUUCUACGUCAAUACACUCAGUGGUGGAAGUGUUUUUCGAAAAGCUAUGGUGAACCUGAAAGAAUCUGUUAUUCAACAACUCUUAUGUCGUUGA